GAAUAGUGUGUUUUUAAACUUCCAAAACAUGAUUCAAAAUCAAUUCGAAGUGAAAAUUAAGAGAUUUAGGUUUUAUAAUGCAAGAGAUUAUUUCAACCAAAACUUAUCUACCUAUUUCCAAAAUGAAGGGAUUAUUGAUCGGUUAUCUUGUUUUAAUACUCCACAGUAGAAUGAGUGGCAGAAAGGAAAAAUAAGCAUUUACUAACCACAACCUGAUACUUUUUCAAGUAAACGUACCCAAAUCUUAUUAGGGGAAGCUGUUCUCACUGUCACAUACAUUAUAAAUAGGUUACCUUCAAGAUUUUUGAGAUUUAAAAUUCCUAUAGAUCUACUCACAAUUUUAUCUAAACUUUAAUACCACAAACAACUUCACACAUAGAAUAUUUGAUUGUACAUAAUUUGUUCAUGUUCACAGUCAUAAUAGGGGAAGUUGGAUCUUAGAGCAAUUAAAUGCAUUUUGUGGGGUAUUCAUCAACUUAGAAGGGGUAUAAGUGCUAUGUCUGCAGAUAUCACUUUUUAAGAAAAUAAAUCAUUUUUUACUCAACCUUAUCUUUUGAGGGAGGCUUCAUGCAUGAAAGAUAAAGAUAAAGACUUCUUUUUGCUUAACUUCUCCUCCUCUUCAACAUUUUCAGCUAUUAAUUCUUCUAAGUUUAAACUUGUCUCUUUUAAGUUCAAGUUAAAUACUAAAUUUGAGUUUGAACCCAUUCCUAACACAGAAGAUGUGACAAGGGAUAAUAUUAUUUUUGAUUCUACGAAGGAAUUACAAGUGUACUCAAGAAGGAAAGUUUCGAAUCUUGAACCAAUGCAAGUCCAAGAAUCUGAUCCUAACUCUGAAAAUGAGGUUUCUAAAACAUUUGGUGAGGGAAAAGUUUCCUUUGAGGAAUACGUAUUCACCAUAAAGAAUACAGUUGGCAUUGGUAUGCUCAUAGAAGCUAUAGGUAUUGGCAAAGGAAAGCAAGACCUAACUAGCAAUGCCAUGGAACCAGUAAAAGCCAAUCAUGUAGUUUCUUUUCGUCCUGAAAUACCAGUUGGAAAAGCAUGUUCUACUCUUGCAUCUGCAGAUAUUAUCAAGUUUUUAACAGGAGAUUUUAGGUUGAGCAAAGCUAGAUCCAGUGAUCUUUUCUGGGAAGCUGUUUGGCCUCGCCUUUUAGCCAGAGGCUGGCACUCUGAACAGCCAAAGGAUCAGGUUUUUUCUGGUUCAAAGAAUUCUCUGGUGUUUCUUGUUCCUGGUGUUAAGAAGUUUUCAAGAAGGAAGCUGGUGAAAGGUAACCACUAUUUUGAUUCUGUUAGUGACGUUCUUAAUAAAGUUGCUUCAGAACCAGGGCUUCUUGAGCUUGAAAUUGAAGUGCCAGGCAGCAGAGAGAACAAAGAAAAUAAGUGGGACCCAGUAACAAAACAAGAUCCUGAUUUUAUGACAAAUAAACGUAACCGAUACCUCAAGCCACAAAAUUCUGGUUGCAGUCGAGAUUUAAUGAAGUUUACAGUUGUAGAUACUAGUUUGGUCCGAGGGGCUCAACGAUCCAAGGUUAGAGAACUGAGAAGCUUACCACUUGAAGCUACGAGCUUAUCCACCCCCUCUGGUAUUUCCAGCGAUUCUGAGGAGGAUACAUCUGAUGACUCAGAAGAUGAUGCAGAAGAAAAUAGUACUUCAAAUGCUGCAGAGUCCAUGGCUAAUGGGGAAGAAUAUGUGGACUUAUCAGAUUGUGUAAAUAGUAAUUCAAACAUCGUCAUUCCCCACACCUCUGAUACCAGCAUUAUAUCAAUGGAAAAUCAUGAAAGCCAUAACACAAGUCUGCUUGAUGAGAAGAAGAAAAAGGUUAUGAAGUAUAAUUUCAGCCGAAAGGUGCAGUCUAGUGAUUCCAAAUAUUUGGCUCCUGUUAUUAAACAGCAGGGUUUAACUGAUUGUGUCAAUGGAGAAUCAAGCUGUAGUGUUGAAAACUUUUCUGCUGAGAGGAUGUUAAAUGAAGACAAUUCGCACUGUAGGUCUAGCUUGCCUGAUGCUUGUGAAGCUAUGGUUUUUCCAAUGGGAUCCCCAAACUUGUCACCAGCCAGUUCUUUGUCUAAAGGCGGUGCUGAUGAGGGAAAGGAAGGCAUUGUCACUGAAAACUGCCUUCAUGGAGAAGAAUCUCUGAUAAAAACGCAGUUACAUGCAUUGAUAGACUUGAAUGUUCGUCAAGUUUCAAUGGAUUUUGAAACCAAUGGACCCUUCAUCACAGAGACGGUGCAAAAUAUUGAUAAUUCGUGUGCUCAUAUAUCAUUCUUUCAGUCCGAAAUAAUGGUGCAGCCUGAACCAUUGAAGCUUCCUGAUAAAGGCGCAGAGGUCAAUCAGCAUCCUGUAAUGCACAACCGGAGGCAGAGUACCAGGAACCGACCAUUAACAACAAAAGCUUUAGAAGCUCUUGAAUGUGGGUUCUUCAGUCCCAGGAGGAAGAGAAAAGUUGCAGAGGCUCCACAGAAUAACUCACGAAGAGUUCGUGGCAGGCCUGUUGUUAAUGCCCUUUUUAGAAAUGGUGCUUGUAAGCCCAACAUGGAGGAGAGUUAGAUUGGUUUCUGCAGUGGCAAAAAAUGGCCAGUCGGUCUCAAAUCUGAAUCUGAUACGUGGAGAAAUGAGUGGACUAAUUGCUAAGCUGGUCCUGAAAAAACCACGUCUCCCUCCACGGCCUCCAAAGCAUUGUGUUUUGGGUGCCUUUCAUUCUUUUAGUCAAUAAUUGGGAGUGCAUAUGUUUCCUUAAUCAAACUAGGAAAACAUAACACUCCAUUCACCCAACCAGCUGCAGAUUCGUGACCAAUGUCAGGUGAAAAAUUGAAGUAUCAAACAUGUUCAUCUUACAUAAGUCAGACGAAACUGAUGCAGGGUUAUAAUCUCAGAAAGAAGAGGAGGGGAACAAUUCCUUAAACCGGAGUAACCUUUUUCAUUGUGGGAGCAAAUGACACAGGUGGUUCUUACUGUCUUCUAGAUAACUGACUUGCAAACGGUAUUCCUUAUAGGGGUUUGACUGCUGAAUAAUCGUAAUGCCAACCUUUGAUCUUGGUGAAGCUGACUGUUAUUUUCUCAGUUAAAUAAGUUCUCUUUCUCUAUAAACUUUGUCCUCAAAAAGUGUAUAAAGCAAAAGAAUUUUACUUCUAUAUUAGAUUUUCAAUUUAACAAAGUUGUCCUAUUGUUAGUAUUAUAUUUUUUUGACAAGCAUAUGGUCAAAAUUUUAAUUAAUAAUUUUUUAUUAAACACGAGGAAUGGAAAAGGAAAAAAAAAUUGGAGAAUCAAGAGUCAAGAUUAAUAGCACUUAUUAUUCUGAAAGUGAAACAAAGUUUAACCAAGUAUGCAAGUCAAAUUGCUCGUAAUCUUUGAUUGAUACUAUAUUUCAG